AAACCUGGCGUGGCCACCUGCUGAAGUUCUGUCCGUUUUCAUUCCUCUUUCGCAUCAACGCAUUCAAUGUUCAAUAUAUCUCUCGAGUGUCUUUUCCGAUUAGAUAAAGUCCAGAUAAUUAAAUGUAUAUAUAUAUAGAAGGUGUUAUGGCUUUGAUUUCGCGGAAUUAUGGCGGAAAUUGGGAGGAGAUAGAAGGGCACGAAGCCCCAGUUGGAACCCUAGUUCGGCGUCGGGUUUGUGCGAGCGAUGGAGGGGGAGGAGGACGGGGUUCGGCUGAUGGAGGAGGUGGCUGUGCUGGACUUCGACAUGCUUUGCGCUGCUGUGGCGCUUCAGACUCAGGGCGUGAAGGUGGAGAGGAGGUUAGCGAAGGAGGAGGAAGAGGACCAUGGAGAUGCUGAGCUCGGUGGGGUUCAGAGGAUGUGGGAGGGGGGUGUGCUUGGAUGCCUUGAGGACCGACGGAUCGCUAUGGAGGCAGCGUGUUGCCCUUGCUGUAGAUUUGGGAGCAAUAUGGGGAGAGCUGGCCUAGGGCCUUGUUUUCUCCAGGGAACCGUCUAUCUUAUCCUACUAGCUCUUGCUCUGCUCAGCCUUACUGCUUUUGGCAUCACCGAGCAGCAUUAUUUCAUGUACCUGGGGGUUGCUGCUGCCAUCUCAGUUGGACUGUAUGCAGGCUAUUUUCGUGCUAGAAUCAGGAAGCUGUUUAAUAUAAGAGGUAGUGGCAGUUCUUUAGAAGACUGCAUCUUCCAUCUCUUGUGCCCCUGUUGCACACUGUGCCAGGAGUCGAGAACAUUGGAGAUGAACAAUGUGCAAGAUGGAAUCUGGCAUGGGCGGGGCGAUACGAUAUGCAUAGGUAAGUACGGCGAAGGAAGCAAGGAGUUCAAUGUUCUCCACAAACCUUCUCUUACACUUAAAAAGAAUCCCGAGUCAUGUAACAUGGAAAGAACUGCAAAUGGCAGUGGAAAUCACUCAUGGAAUGUGGAUAUCAGCCCUUCAAAACCUCUAAGUCCUGCCAAUUAUUCAGGAUGAGAGUAGUUGACCAGAUCAAAUGAUUGCUUCAGUUUUUAAAGUUGGAACAUUCUUUAAUCUGGAGCUUUCAUUUAUGCUGAUUGGUAACAUAGGUAACCAGACAAACUCUUAAUUUAACCAUUUGAGCUCUGAAUUGUGGAAUUGUAAAGGCUUUGUUGCAUUGUGAUUUAAUAUAAGGAUCAAUUCAUUGCAACCUUGGUUGAGUUUAGAGUUUUAUUUAAAUAUUUUUACUUAUUUGUUUGA